AUGAACGGCAACGACAACAUCAGCCGGGAGGAGCUCAACAAUUCGCUAGAGAAUCUCGGGAUGUGCGUGCCGAAGGAGAAGCUACAGGCGAUGAUUGGGAAGAUUGAUGCUGACUUGGACAUCCAUUUGGACGCCGAGGAGUUCGGGCCCUGUAUGCGGUGGUGUUGGCAGACGCCGGAGGAGACAAGGGGGAUGACGGUGAAGAUGACAUGCAAGAGGCGUUUACGGUUUUUUCGAUCGGGACAGGGCGGGUUCAUCAUGGAGAAUGAGCUGAGAUGGGUUUCUGAGAGGACUAAGGGCAGAGAUUUCGUGAUAAAGUUGUUGGCCCCACAAAGAGCGUUGUUGGAACACGCGGCGGUGGCCGGAUUUGUGACCCACUGCUGUCGGAGCUCCAUCCUGGAGGCUGUGACAUGUUUACGGGACAUGGUGGUCAUUGCUGGAUAUCCUAUCGUCUACGGGACUGGUUCUGUCUCAGCAGAUGUUUACCAGAGUAUGGAUCCGCGUCUGAGCAUCUUAAUUCUAUCGCUUUCAUUCAGAUUUUUGUGUAGGAAACUUGCGAGCAUGAAUGCCGCACGCUAUGACCUUGCGUGUGCUGAGAUGGAUGAGAAGGUGGUCGAGCUUCACGAUUGGAAAUUCGCGGUCAGUGGACCUGUACUGCCCCGGAACCCGUGCAUGGCUGCAGAUGAAGAAGGGUGCAUCAUGGUCAUAGCUCACUUAUCAGCUCAUAUGUAUGUCGGUCAUCUAAAAGAGCUUGUUGUUGCUUUAGGAUUUGAUGGUUGGCAGAAGGGGCUUUGGCAUCAUAAGUGCAGUUGGUGGAAGGGGAUUGUGUGGAGGUGGAGGAGGAAGGAUAUCAUUAAACUCUCGGGUAUCCCGCCUGCUCCUAGAGGAGUCGCGCAGAUCACCGUUUGCUUCGAUAUUGAUGCUAAUGGUAUUCUGAAUGUCUCGGCCGAGGAUAAAACGACUGGACAGAAGAACAAGAACACGAUCAUGAACGAUAAGGGCCGUUUGUCGAAAGAUGAAGAGUACAAUAAGAAGGUUGAGGCGAAGAAUGCGCUCAAGAAUUACGCACACGAUCAAGGACAAGAAGAUUGA